AUGGCAGCCAACGUCGAGAAGGAGCGCAAGCAGGCGUCAGACCUGCAGAAGGGUCUCGAGACCCAGCUUCUGGGCCUCCAGAGGCUGGGGUUUCUCGCCCCUCCUGCCGCCGACGAGAUCCGUAACCUCGUCGCAGAGGGCAUCGCCGACAAGCUCGGCGACAGCUACCGAACCUUUCCCAGUGCCCACGAGGGUACUGAGAUCCGACGGGACGCGGUGCCAGAGCCAUGCGCCCUCAAGAAGAAUGUUGAGAAGUUUGUCGCAGCAAAACACGCCCCACCGAAGACCUCCAAGCCCGCGGAGCAGAAGCCUAACAUCGCCCAGGCGAUCACUAAGAGGCAGCGCCAGACUUUCAAUGCGCUCGCUCAAAUCAAGGCCCAAGAUAAAUCACGACCUAACGUCAAUUACACCGCCCGAGAUGCUGCGAGAUACAAGAAGACAGAGCCUCGCAAGAAGGCAGAGCCCAGAAAGGCAGAGCCAAAGAAGCAGAUUCGGACGACCGCGCCUAACCCACCUACUUUGCCCAAGGAUGCCACUUCGCAGGAAUGGACUGGUGAAUUGAAAGCCUGGGACGAGAUCCUUUCCAAGAAGGCGGGGGAAUCCAACACUACUGUCCGCCCAAGUCACCAGCAGGAGCCCAUCGCUGAAGGGGCUGAAAGCCUAAUGGCUCGUGCUACUCCAAAAGGAGACAGCAAUCUUGUUAUCGGCGAAAAGAUUGCGGCUUCCCCUACUCCUAAGGACGGCUCCUAUGCGCUCAAGAAAGCUGCGACAGCCAAGAACCCAGAUGAGGACAACAAGGAGGCUACUGCUUCGCAGUCACUGAACACCGCCGCUGCGGUUAGCGAUAAAGCUUCUGAUCAGAACAACACCAUCGAACAGUCGGCUGCGCCCAAAUCGUCUUCUGACAAGGGUAGCAUCGACUUCGGCGACGACCUCAUCUCCUUCAGCUAUUGA